CCUGAUAACUGAUCAAAAUGUCCUUCAGUAUGUGGGUUUUCACUGUGCUUUUCAUCAGUAUGGAGGCUCUUGUGAAUGGCGAUGAGUUACAGACUGUGAUGGAGGGAGAUGUUCUCACUCUACACACAGGAGACACUGAGAGUCUCAGUGAAGUGAUGUGGCUGUUUACACAAGGUGAUCAAACUGUUCGUAUCGCACAGAUGUAUCAGGGUUAUGAACCCUUUUAUGAUAAGAGACUAACCAGAAGAGGGAAAAUUAACCCAAAGACUGGAGAUCUGAGCAUCUGGAACAUCAGCAGCAGCGACUCUGGACUUUAUCAAGUUUCUCUCCACAGUAGAUCCGUCUCAGAGAAAAGCUUCAGAGUGGACGUUUACAGGCCUGUUUCUGCGCCGGUCAUCAGGUCUCUUGUUAGAGUAAACCAAACUCAAGGUUCAUUCAAGCAGUCACAGAAGAUGGAGGAGACCUGUUCUGUGUUCUGCUCGGUGAAAAAUGAUCGAGACAUCUUCAUCUCGUGGUAUAAAGGAGGAGAAAUCCUGGACCAGUCCAGCAAUCCUGAUCUCAGCAUCAACCUCAGUUUAUCAUUAGAGCUUCAUUAUAAUGAUCCAGAGACCUACAGCUGUACAGCUGUCAAUCCAGUCAACAAUAAGAGCGUCCAUCUUCACAUUAAAGAGAUCUGCCCACGACAGGAAGAUUGUCAGGAUCACUGUGGUGUCACUGAGACUCUGGUUCGUCUCGUUCUCUCUGGUCUGCUGGGAAUCGUUACCGUUAUCUUUCUGUUUGAGCAUCUGAGGUUCAGCUCAUUUCGAGGAGGAGCUGCUUCUGUAUGAUGAAGGAACUGUUAUGAGUCACACAAUGACCAAAAACAUGAUGGUGAUGGAACGCUACCAGAACUGUUGGCAGUAAGGCUGAAAGUGUAACUUCAGGGCACCAUUUGGGACAGGGCCAUAAAAUGUCUCAAAUCAUUUUGACACUGAAGUUGGUGUUCAGGGAAAAAGAUCUGAAAACUGAUCAUCUAUUCCUGACAUCCUUAAAAAAAAUUGUAUGAAAAAGGGAUGUUUGUUCCCUUCUAAAUAUAAAAACGCUGCUGUCUGCCCAUAUUUAUCCACUCAUUACAGAGCAGAACACACUGCUGAAAUGUUCUAUGUCUGCUUCAAAAAUGUAUGUUAUAUUUUCAGCAGUAAUAUCUCUUACACGCUCACAGCAGCAUGUUGUGGAUGUAUUGGCAGUAGCAAGUCUCAGUACUUGCUCUACAGCAGCGUAACAGAUCUAUUCCUCCAAGAACAAAUACAUUAACAUUGUCAUGUACAUUAUCAUGCCAAUCCCUCAGA